UGGGACGCUGAGAAAAGAAAGAGAAGUCAGAGCUAGAGCUCAUGAUUUUUUAGUAUCUAACCAAAAAAAAAAAAAAAAAAAAAGGCGCAACAGAAAGGCGUAGCGAAUUCCGCACGGUUUGCAGUUUGGAUGCCUAAGCUUCACCACGGACUUUUACUGCCUCUUUGGAAAUGUAGUUGCAGUCUAGAGGGAAUCUCAAGAAGGCAUUUGUUCUCACUAGUUGAUGAGAGAAGUGAAAGCCGUUGAGGCUCCGUUUCCUGUGUUUGCCAGCGCGCUGCAGCUGGGCUGAAGAAGCCCCGCAAGGCUGCCGAGCACCGGUCCUCCUUCCCCGCUUCAAACCACAGCCAGUCCGCUGCCAGUCCGCUGCCAAAGUCGGUGGAAGAAGAAAAAAAAUCAGAAUGUGCGACCUGAUGCCAGCCUCCCAGCCCGCGGAGAAAAUCGGCAAAAUGAAAAAGUUGAGGAGAACUUUGUCUGAGAGUUUCAGGAGUAUCGCUUUCAAGAAAGAGGACAGCGGCUUUGAUGAGAUAUGUGUCACGAAGAUGUCCACACGCAGCUGUCAGGGAACAGACUCGGUCAUCAAGCCCCUGGACACCAUCCCUGAGGACAAGAAGGUGAGAGUUCAGCGCACGCAGAGUGGCUUCGACCCAUUUGAGAAGCCCGCCAGCCAGGUGAAGAGAGUCCACUCUGAGAACAAUGCCUGCAUCAACGCCAAGAGCUCAUCUGCCGGCAAAGAGUCGCCCAAACUGCGCCGGCACUCCAGCCCUAGUUCUCCCACAAGCCCCAAAUUUGGAAAGGCAGAUUCCUAUGAAAAGCUGGAGAAGCUGGGAGAAGGUUCAUAUGCUACAGUUUACAAAGGAAAGAGCAAGGUGAAUGGGAAACUAGUGGCUCUGAAGGUAAUUCGUCUGCAAGAGGAGGAAGGAACGCCCUUCACAGCCAUAAGGGAAGCAUCUCUUCUGAAAGGCCUGAAGCAUGCCAACAUCGUGCUCCUCCAUGACAUCAUCCACACCAAGGAAACCCUGACUCUGGUCUUUGAAUAUGUGCACACAGACCUGUGCCAGUACAUGGAUAAACACCCUGGGGGACUCCAUCCAGACAAUGUGAAGCUCUUCCUGUUCCAGCUGCUGAGAGGCCUGUCCUACAUCCACCAGAGGUACAUCCUUCAUCGUGACCUGAAACCACAAAAUCUGCUCAUCAGCGACACUGGAGAGCUCAAACUCGCUGACUUUGGCCUGGCCAGGGCCAAGUCGGUCCCCAGCCAUACCUACUCCAAUGAGGUGGUGACCCUGUGGUACCGGCCUCCAGAUGUCCUGCUGGGAUCCACGGACUACUCCACCUGUCUGGACAUGUGGGGAGUGGGCUGCAUUUUCAUUGAGAUGAUCCAAGGAGUGGCUGCCUUUCCUGGGAUGAAGGACAUUCAGGACCAGCUGGAGAGGAUAUUCCUGGUCCUUGGUACUCCAUCUGAGGAUACGUGGCCCGGUGUUAACUCCCUGCCUCAUUUUAAACCAGACCGCUUUACAGUGUACAGCGCCAAGAAGCUCAGACAAGCUUGGAAUAAGUUGGGCUACGUAGACCACGCUGAGGAGUUGGCCUCCAGGUUCCUCCAGUGCUUCCCAAAGAACCGGCUGUCAGCCCAGGCAGCGCUGAACCACGAAUACUUCAGCAACCUUCCUCCACGGCUCUGGGAGCUGCAGGACAUGUCUUCUAUCUUCACCGUACCAAAUGUCAAGCUGCAGUCUGAGAGUGGGGACAGCAUACAGGUGUGUGCACGAAGGAACAGUCAUGGAAAGGCAUCCUCUGGCAGCAAACACUGACCUGAGGCAGCAUCCUGCACAUGACUGCCUGACAGGUGGCUGUCGUGAAAAAAAGGUGAAGACAAAGAUGCUGACAUUGAGGAUCCAGACAAAUGAAAGAGCCCCAGUUCUCUUUAUUUAUUACCUUCACAAUAUGUGUGUGUGUGUGUGUGUGUGUGUGUGUGUGUGUGUGUGUGUGUGUGUGUGUGUGUGUGUGUGUGUGUGUGUGUGUGCGUGCGUGCGUGCAUGUGUGUGCGUGUGUCUGUGUGCACAUGACAGAGAGUGAGCGUUGAACAAGUGUGUAUUAUGAACGGUACCUAAGAUUUCAGGCUAUCAUUUGCAAAUUUUGUUUACUUUUUAUAAGGUUCCAAUAACUCCUAUAUCAUUGUCACAGUAUAAACAAAAGGACUUUACUAUUGGUACAUAUGGUGUUUUGUGUUUGUAACUAGCCUCCUAUUUAAGAAUGUAUAUUUGUAUGUAUGAUAUACUCAUCUAGAAACUAUAUAAUGGACAGUUUUAAUAUUGCUUCACCCUCUCACCACUAUACUGCUUUUGCCAAGACACAAAACUCAGCAAACACAAAGGAGACACGCACAUGAGCAAAAACACAUCUAUAAAACAGAAAAGAUCAAAGAAGACAAUGAAUCCUAAAGAGUCAGUUUUCCAUCUUUUUUCUAAACAGGUUCAAGUCAGAUUUGUGCAACUGUAGACAAUAAUAAUAAUAAUAAUAAUGAUGAUGACGGAGGGCUUUCAGGUGAUGUAACACAUCCUCUGGCAGCCAUAUUGGAGGUCCUCAGUUCUUUGAUGCCUGAGAGCAGCUAUUGUUUUAAACAUACAACUCAGCUGACUCAGCAGUCACAGCAUGUUUACUUUGCAUCUGCUUUAAAGGUUGAACUUCUUAUUAAAUGACUGGUAUAUGUGUUAACUGUUGUAAUUGUCGGUUAACUGUUGCCAUUUUGGCAUCAACAAAUCUCAUGUAAACACUGCGGCACAUAUCUUGUAGGUAGCAGUAAAUAGCAGCUAGUUGUUGUGUAUGAACAUAUUGAUCUUUUUCCCGAUAUUCAUCUUUCCCUCCUAAUUUGCCAGCUGAAGUGGGUUGUGGGUUGACCACGUGUAAAUGCGUUUCUUUUACAGCCUUAUUUUGGAAGUUCUGAUCAUCAUUCCCAUCCAUUAUCUAAGCAUUUUAACAAAUGUUGCAAUUAAUUGACUGUACUGUAAAACUGUGUGCAGUCACAUUACAGGUCAAAGGAAGAAGUGGCUUACUGUGGACAUUUUGUUCAACUUUGGGCUUGAUUGAAGUAUAGGUCUGCACAGUGUAUUACUGGGAGUAGGGAGGUGUAGACAUCAAUGGCGUACACUUUUUAUGAUCAUACUUUGCAGUGCUGAAAUUAAAAUUGCAUCCAAAAGGCAUUUCUCUCAUUGAAAACCAUCUCAAAAUCUGUAAAACAACAAUUCUGUUUUCGUGAAAUAUGGUUAAAAUUAGCACCACAUUUGGAUGGAAACUUGCAAAAGCUAUUUUUAUUUGUGACAUCAUAGCUCAAGGAAAAGUACACUAAUGUGCAUAUGUGCAGUGUGCAGGGCCACAAAGUGCAAAAAAAAGAAAAGCAUUUUGUCACAUUCACUGGGUUAGCAAUUGGUAACCAUUUCAUUGUAAUGCAUGCACUGGCUAAUCGUGCACACAUUUGCCGCCAUUUUCACUUCAAAAUUAUAAUCUAAUUUAUACCUGGAUUGAAGUAUUCGUACUCUAGUAUAGUGGUGCUUAUUCUGGAUUUACGAUAUAUAUUUGGCAUCAAAAUUAGAGUUAGUCAAAGGUUAUCGUAAUGCCUGAGAAAGAUGGUGAACACUCCCAAAGUAAGGCCCUGGUUUUAGGAAAAUCCAGAUGACAAUGAGUCUCCUUUAAUUUUCCGGUGGACCUCCAUGAUGGAACCAGAUCUGGCUAAUAGGAAUUUUGUGUUGCAGCUUGAAAAGCCUGUCUGACACAAAUGAUCUCUGGUGGAGAUGCUGACGGUGUAAACAGAACACAACAGGGACAGCACCAACUGGUGUGCAUAAGAAUAUAGAUGCAAUACGUGAUUGUCAACAUCUGUGUGCCUGAUGGAAUCGUAUGCUAGUGUGUGUGAGUGUAUCUAACAUGGGCAAUAGCUAAGCAUUGGUGCUUCCAUCCAUGUAUAUGAGCUAAUGUACAAAAGAUAAGACACCAAGGCAAUAGGCUGUGCAGCCUGUUGUUGUUCCAGCCCACGACAAUCCUCAUUUCUCUUUAUCUGAUACCAUCAAAAGAUCUGCAAUAUCAGAAACAGAUGAUCUGUGUCAAACCUGCAACUUGUUCAAUUCCUGAGUCAAAUGUUGCGAUUGAUCUGGAGCUUUAGUUAUCUGACAAAUUAGGUGAGUGUAGGGAUGAAUGAUUUGCAGUGUGUGUGUGUGUGUGUGUGCUGUUUGUGUAUUGUAGUUGGUGAAGAACUUUGAUCCGUCCCUAUACCACCAGCAUAUGCUCUCAUAUGCAGAGACCGUCCCCAUAUGUGUGCCCCUAAAGAUGAUACAUGUUCUAAUGUUUGGGAAAUUGUUAUGACACCAUGACCAACGUCAGCUGUAUAAUGUAGUCUCAUCUGCAAAGAUGUUUAUAAUGGGUUUGGUCUUUUUUUUGAUGUUUUGUGUGAAGAUAUCUGAAUAUUACAGCUUAGACGUAUGGUGAUAAUUGUGAAGUACUAUCAAUACAAUGACUUCCUCUUUAUCAGUCAGUUUGGAAAUAACUGAAAGAAUAUUAUUGGCCCUGCACUGUUGUUUAGCCAAAAAAAAAAAAAGAUGAGGCUGCAAAUCAGAUGCCAUGGAGAAAUAGAAGCUGUGGAUACUUACAGUAUCAUGUCACUCCACGGCCUCAGAAACUCACACACACAAACACAUACACACAUAUUAUAGAUGUCUUGCCUGCUGGGAUAAACCUGUCACACCCAUCUAGUCCCGUCAGCUACAGUACAGUAUAACCCUGCAGCCCCUUCAUGUCCCCCUCCAGCUGGAUUUUGCUUUGCAAUGUGUCAUAUUCAAGCAUGGCUUUGGAUUUUUUCAUGUCUGUCUUUAAUACAGCACUUCUCUAAUGUAAUCAUUCCUCUUCUCCAUUCCAGCCAUGAGACGGAACUUUCAUGAAGUGGAUACAAAGUAAGAAAUGGCAUUCCAAAUCCCAGCUGUAGCUCAUAUGAGGCCUAAUUGAGUAGUUACAUUCAUACAGGCAAUUAAGUCUGUUCUGAGGAGCUGGUUGAACCAAACCAGAGCUAAAAUGACAUUUGUUAGUUGGGAUAUUCAUGUGUUUUUAGUGCUGGAUGAGUUUACAGGCAGUUGUUUACUAACAUUUUAGCCACAGAAUUGAUCACACAUUAUUUUGAUCUAGGCUCGUUAUUGACUAGUAUGAAUUUUGCAUACCUGGAAACCAUCAAAAGGCCUUGAAACAUAAUUCUGCUCCAGUGAAGUCACAACAAAGAAUGGCAGACAAAAAAUUAGAUCUGUGUGAAGCAAUUAUACAUGAGAGAAUCAGAAAUGCGGUAUUUCCAGUAUGUUUUCUCGAGGGUUUUGCCUCUUUUAGAAUGUGAUAAAUGCACCAAACUGGAGAAUUACUGCCACUACAUUGGCCAUCAUGAUGCACCCACCUUCUGAAAUUCAUGUCAGUAGGGAAGUUUGUUUAAACUGGAUUUUUAGUAUUUAUUCUACAUUUGAAGAAUAGAAAUGAUCGCAUAAUAUUGAAUCUUGACUUCAACUUUGGAAUGCAUUUUUGCCCCCUGUCCUUCACAGUGGUAAUCACUGGAUGAAUGGAUCGUUUGGAGACCAAGUGCUGAGGAAAGAUGAUUGCAGUGAGCUAUAAUACUUUCACUACACAAAUAGAAUGCAAGUAUUGUGUUAAGACUGACUUGAAAAUGUCUGAACCCAUCCUUUAAAGGGGAAAACUCGCUGACGAGAAAGAGCUGGAGUCGUGCAGAGCUUUGACAUUUUAUCGAGACUGAGUUCCAAUCCAGCUUCUUCGACCACAGAGAGAAGUGACUCUGAGGCAAAAUAAAUGAUUAUGGGCUAAACUCUCCCAACAGCGUUUUAAAAUGCACUUUAAAGAAAAAUCGUUUUGCCCUACAUUCCAGCGAGUAUGGUCACUUUAAAGCACUGGCUUUGCUAUUAAUGCUAAAUAUAUGAAUAUAAAUAUCUACCCCCUGCUUUGCCUGAUACAGAGCAAACUGGCCUUCCUCAUAAAUGUAAAUAUUGUCCCCAGUUUUGAACUUUUACCACAGAUUGAGGAGAGCUCGUAAAAAUGCUGUACUUGAAGUUAUCUCGCGGCUUUUCAGUGUCAUCCCCAGGCUGUGAUUGUGCGGCAGAAAAAAGGGGAGGAGAGGCAGUGGGUAAUGCCAGUAAAGCGGCGUGACAGAAGAGGGUUAAUACCAUCGAGCUCUGCUAAGAUUGCCCAGCCUCGUGUGGCUUUAAGGGAUUGCAGGCAGUAUUAGCAGCUGAAUAAUUAUUUUUGGUAUGUUUCGCCUUGUGUGCACACUUUCGGUGUGGCACAUAUUGCUUCAUUCACCCCCCCACCCCCCACCCCCACCCCCACCCCCCAGCACUCUUCUGUGGAGCUUUGGAAGCCUGCAGUCUUGUAUAAAACUUAUAUUUUUGAGUCCUGUGUGGGCUGAGUUCAAACUUUGUUCAAACUUGAAUGUUCUUCAUAUAUUUCAUAUACAGUCCAGUGAAGGAAAGAUUCAGUGGAGUUGCACAUUUAGCACUGUGACAGAAAAAAAAGAAAUCAGCAGAAACAUCAAAGGUGGAAAAUGAUGAGGUGAUGACACACCUUCUAUGAAGUCAAAUAGUGAUGCUUCCACUAUGUUUGUAUACAGGGUUGUCCCCAUAAUGCUAUUAAAGAGAACUCAUAUAUGAAUAUGCAUAUAUGAUGAAUAUAAAUAUAAGGCAUCUAUUUUUGGCAUUCUUUAUCAUGUGGAUAUAAGUGGUAUGAGUAGGAAAAACCUCUAGGUUGGAUCCGACGUGCAUCCUCGCUGUGCUCAACAAUGAGUCUGUGUUUGCUACUUUUUUUCAAUGAAGCUUCUCUCGUGGUUUGGUUUUCUUUUUGUAUGCUGCACUGAAAAUACAUCAUUUUCACAAGUGGUUUGGAAAACAGAAGUGUCGCCAGUCACUUCAUCAAGUGAAAUAAUAUAGUAUACAGUAGAAUAGCCGUUGCAUUAUUUGUUACGACCUCUAUGUAAUGUUAUUAUGGAAGAUGUAAUGUCCUUCUGUAAAUGUUGUUUAAUGUUGUUUUACCUGAAAUAAAAUUUAUUAAUGCUUCA